UAAUUCAGGUGAAUGUAAACUGAUCAGACAUGGCAACGAAUGGUGACAUGACCUUCUCCUGACGUAAGUGAAAGAUGAACAUGCAUAUUGCUGGUUUCUCCAACAAGGUAGACAGUUGACCUUGAACCUAAGACUGGUUUGUAUGGGUUAGGGAAAUAAUAAUAUAGUUUAGAGCAAAUUGAAAUGAAAUGUAACUUAUUAAUUUGGAGACGGAUAUACAUAGUUAUACAACUAAUAAAUUGUUUGAAAUCUUUUUUUAGACAAAUUAAUAAAUAAUUUGAGUUAAAUAUUUGAAUUAAUCCCUUGACUCAUCCCCCCUCCCCCCGACACCUUCUUUAGGGCGCCACUGCAAGUUUUUCUAUCUACAGUCAGCCUACCACUGAGAGACAGACCCUCGGUGACGCGCUGACCCUCUGCAACCGGCGCGCGUCACGUUUCCCUGCACUGACAGAGCCUGUUCCAAAAUAGACAGCACCCUUCCACCCACCCACUCACACCUCAACCACCAGUUCACCCCCACUCACCCCUGCACUGCCCCCGCUGCUCUCCCCUCUCUUUCUGUCCCUACCCACACAGUGGUUCGGUGCGCACCAACUCCAGGAAAGCGCAUCUCAAGGACUGUCACUGACCAGGAAUACAAUCGUAAUCGGCUGCAAGAGGAAGACACCCAGGGUACGCGACCUGCGAGUACUGUGCAGGGAAAGUGGGGUCUUCCCAGGGCCUGAGUCAUGAGUCGCAGCAUUGUGCGGCAGAGUAAGUUUCGCCACGUCUUUGGCCAGGCGGUCAAGGCUGAGCAGGGUUACGAUGACAUCCGUGUUUCCAAGGUGACGUGGGACAGCUCUUUCUGCGCUGUCAACCCAAAGUUCCUGGCCGUCAUCGUUGAAUCCAGCGGUGGAGGGGCUUUCCUGGUCCUACCACUCUCCAAGACAGGUCGUGUUGAUAAGAACUACCCGUUGGUGGUGGGUCACUCAGGACCUGUUCUUGAUAUCGACUGGUGUCCACAUGAUGACAACGUCCUGGCCAGCUGUUCAGAAGACUGCACUGCAAUGGUGUGGCAGAUACCAGAUAAGGCGUUGACCCGCCCCCUGUCCGACCCUAUUGUAGUCCUGGAGGGACACUCCAAACGUGUUGGUAUAGUCUCCUGGCAUCCAACUGCACGCAACAUAUUACUGACUGCAGGCAGUGAUAACCUCAUAAUCAUCUGGAAUGUGGGAACAGGCGAGCCCCUUAUUUCCAUGGACGACCAUCCAGACCUCAUCUACAGCAUCAGCUGGAACCGUAAUGGCAGCUUGUUCUGCACCACCUGUAAGGACAGACGACUGCGGGUCUGUGAUCCACGGAAGAGAGAAGUGGUUGCGGAACGUCUGGCUCCACAUGAAGGAAUCCGGCCAAUGAGAGCCAUCUUCACCAGAGAGGGGAACAUCUUCACCACAGGCUUCACCAGAAUGAGUCAGCGAGAGCUUGGACUCUGGGACCCAACAAACUUUGAGGAGCCGAUUGCACUGUUGGAGCUGGACACAAGUAAUGGGGUGUUGUUACCAUACUAUGAUGCAGACGCAAGCAUGGUCUACCUCUGUGGAAAGGGGGACAGCAGCAUUCGAUACUUUGAAGUGACGGAGGAGCCUCCCUAUGUCCACUACCUUAACACUUUCAGCAGUAAGGAGCCUCAGCGAGGGAUGGGCUUCAUGCCCAAGAGAGGCGUUGACGUCAGCAAAUGUGAGAUUGCCAGGUUAUUCAAGCUGCAUGACAAGAAGUGUGAACCCAUCACAAUGACAGUGCCCAGAAAGUCGGACCUCUUCCAGGACGACUUGUACCCAGACACAGCAGGGCCGGAGCCUGCCAUGGAGCCUGAGGAGUGGUUGGAUGGUCGUGACGAGGACCCUAUUCUGACCUCCAUGAGAGGGGGCUACGUUCCUCCCAAGAGCCGAGAGAUUAAAGUGGCAAAGAAGAAUGUGCUGGACUCCAGACCUACCGCUCGCCGCAGCAUGUCAACAGUGGAAACUAACAAUCUGUCGUUUGAUUCAUUCAUUUCUAGUUGAGGACUGUCCUUGACCUAUCUUUGCAUUUCCUUUCCUUUGUCCUAAAAGUUCCUUUCCUUGUCUUUUCUGUUUUCUUUUUAUUUCCACUCCUUUCCAUGUGUCCUCUUGUUUCCUUUCCUCUCCUCAUCUCUUCUAAUCCAGCCUGAGUUGCUUGAGAGGUUGCUGGAGGAGAUACAGAAUUUGAAGGCCACAGUUUUGUCUCAGGAGAAGAGAAUCUGUGACUUGGAGAAUAAGAUUUCUCAGUACACUAAUGGCACUGCUUGAUGUGCGAAUGAAGGCACCUUUGAAGGACUUGUCUGAAAUUCUUUGAAACCCUUGCAGCGGUCGAAGCGGCCCACCGAAAAUCUGAACACUAUAAAUGAAAAUUGACUGACAGACGAUUCUGUGUAUCUGAGGUUAGAUAUUACUUUUAGGUGGAUUUUUACUUAUUUCUACUUUUAAAAAGCAAAGUAAAACAAUCAGGCCGCCACCGUACACGUACCUCAUUAUGAGAGAUUCAUUCGACACGCAGUCACUGUAUGUCUGAACAAGUGCAGUUGCUUUAUAUAGGGCUAAGCCAGACUUUGAAAUGUUUCAGAAUGUAAAUAGUGCUGACAGAAAAUCAGAGAUUUGUUGAGCUUGUAGCCAAAUGUGAAAAGAAGGAACUUUUUGUUUUCUGUAAAGGAUAAAACAUUAGACACAUGACAUAAAAAUAAAAAUAGUUUUUUUUAAGGAAGAAAAAAA